ACGAAUGUUGUUGAAAUGCAUCCACAUGGCUCUUCUCUCUUCUUCUUCUUCUUCUUCUUCCGUGAACCUCCUUCUCUUCUCUCCGUCACUCACUCCUUCUGUUCACCCACUCUCCACCACCGUCCUCCUCCGGCAACGCCGUUUCAGCUGCCGCGCCGCUUCCCCCGGCCCACCUCCAGCUCCCGGGACUGAUCCUCCUCCCGGAAACGAUUCCGGCAUGCUUCGAGCAGAUCUUGCGGCAUCUUUAUCAAAAAUUCAAGACAGAGCACAGAUCUUCUUUGCUGUUCUUUUCUGGGUGUCGCUAUUCUUUUGGGCUUCUGCCUGGGAUGGGAGAAACAGACCAAACAAGUGAUCAAUAUCUAGAAGAUUAUAAAAAAAGAAAUAGUAAGCAUUUAAUUUGUAUAGAUAGCAUAUCAUAAUCUAGGGGGACAAUUUUUUACAGGAACAGGAAAACAAAACAAAAGGGAAAAGAAAAAAAUUAUAAUGUGUGGAAUGAAUGUUCUUCUGUUUCUCCAUUAAUUUUACACUAAACACCAUAUCUGAUUAAUCA